AUGUGUAUAAACACAAGGAUAAAUUGUGAAGUUGAUAAGAGGUUGUGGACCUGGCUGGAGUACUGCACCACGCCCACCCGGGUGGCGUUCGCCCCCACGUCCAGAGUGUGGAUGAUGUCAAUCAUGAACUUGCGCAUGGUCUCGAACUCGUGGGGCCGCACACUUCGAGAGCCGUCAAUAAUGAACACCAGGUCCACUGGGCCGGACUUGCACUUCUGCUCCGGUCCUGGUUUAGGCGAUGUGAGAAUGUGUGAAGCCAGAGUGGGAAAUCAUGAAUAUCACAUUAGCUACGGCAUAAGCAUACAAUUAAACAGUAAUUUUGUAUUAAUUUCAUUAACUUCCUUGCAAAGCAAGUUCUCAUUUUGAUUUGAUCUUGGAAGAAGAUAUAAGAUGCAAGAAGCAAUUGAAUGUGGGCUGAACUGCAAUCCAUUCAUGGUCUUUUUAUUACUUCACAGUUGGACUUGGCUAACCUGCUUUAGGCCUAGCCGCGGCCUGGGUGGCCAAAGCUAGCAGGACAGACACACAGACACACAGCUCUCUCAUGUUCAGGGCGUUGGUCUGGGAGCCGGACCUCUCGGGGCUGGGUUAGAGCUGAGUUUAGGCAGGCUUCAAACUGCACUGCAACGAGAGAACACAGAACAAAACAGGUAAUCUACAGUACUUUACCACUAGCACAUUCCUGCCCAGCCCUAUGAUAAAAAUCUUGACACCAAACAGAUGGCGGAGGUAUAGAGGAGUAAUUCCUAUCCUAAUAGACGGCUACACAAAGGAUUAAUCUGCGAAAGGCAUGCUGUCAAUUCAAACAGGCAUUAUAAAAGGGACUUCUCUUCUUCAGUCCUGAGAGAGGUGUCCUGGUGAAGUUUAUCGUUAUCGCUCAGAUAACUGUACCUCGAAGAGUAGUUGUUGUCAUUCAUUGGCCUCAUUUUGGUCAAUUUGUGAAUGCCCAAUGGAAGCAACUUCCUCAGAGAGCGUAGGCAGACAUCACAUCAAAGACAACAACUGUGCAGUGUGCUUUGCCUACUUGGGAUUUUUUUGUGUCUGUAAAAUUAAUUAUGUGAGAAAUGUUGGUGGAAACACUUUUAUGCACAAAUAUUGAUAUAAUAACCAUCAUAUCGAAGUAAACUUGGAGUCACUCGAUGAUAUGUUGUGUGGUCCUCCCACUACGACUUGUCGAGAAAGCAUGCAGUUUAUUAGGCUACAGAUGAAAUCAAUUAUUAACUUCACAGGGUGGUGAAAGUGCAAGGUGAUGAGCUUGAUGCGCCUUCCAAUAAAUAUUAAGGGUCUUAAUAUGGUGACAUGAUAAUCGAUGCUUGGCUUGCUCUUUUGUCCAUAAUAAUAAUCUCAUCACGUAGGCUAUAUGUGCGCUCUAUCCAACAGCGUGCAGAUAGCACUGUUGUCUAGAGCGGACAAGCCAAUAGCAUCAGUAGAGUUGAAAAUGCGAUGGAAACCCAUUUUGCUUUUUAUUUUUUUUUCGGUAAGAGGAAAUUGAACCACAAAAGGUAUUUGAAGUGCACUACGUCAUCACGCACAGCUUUUUAUAUGCAACAAGACAAUUUGAUGGAAACACAUGUUGUUUUUAUGUGGAUUUUAGUAUAUUUGCAUGACAAUCUGUCACCAAUUGGAUGGAAAUCUAGCAAGUGAGAGCAAAUUAAGGAGUAGACAGAGGUUUAUUAAGAGAGACACAAAGAUGGAGAGAUCAGGACCUUGCAAAGAGCCCACAUCCAGCUCAGAGAGACCCUUAUGCAUUGUGGUCUUGAUCAGUCCCCUCUGAGACCCAGUGCAGAACUCUAGAAAUAUGUUUUAGUAGCCUCCUUCUGUAAUCAAGUGCAUGUGUGCAGGUACAAAGAUGCCUCAGUGUGCCCCACUACUACCUAACCGACACAGCAGCGCCCUUACCAACAGAUACACUCUAAUUAGGCAUUAAGAAAAACAUUCAGUUCACUUUAAUAUUCCCCUGUUAAUCCACUGCACUGAAUGGACUGAUACAGUGUCUAUAUGGGUGGUGGAAUUCUACAUUAUGUAAUGGUAUGAGUUGUGAAUUCCAUACAGUAUACUAUGUAAUUGGAUGCUAAAUACUGGAGCUGUAAUCAAGCAAUUAUAGCACAUUUGACAAAAGAAAAAUAAGAUCUAUUCUACAAUACUGGAUAAAAAUAUAAACGCAACAUGCAACAAUUUCAAAGAUUUUACUGUGUUACAGUUCAUAUGAGGAAAUCAGUCAAUUGAAAUAAAUAAAUUAGGCCCUAAUAUAUGGAUAUCACAUGACUGGGAAUACAGAUAUGCAUCUGUAGGUCACAAACACCUUUUUUUUUUAAAUGGACCUCACAAUGGGCCUCAGGAUCUCAACACAGUAUUUUUGUGCGUUCAAAUUGCCAUCGAUAAAAUGCAAUUGUGUUCAUUGUCCGUAGCUUAUGCCUAACCAUACCAUAACCCCACUGCCACCAUGGGGCACUCUUGUUCACAACGCUGACAUCAAUAAAACCGCUCGCCCACACGACGCCAUGCACAUGGUCUGCGGUUGUGAGGGCGGUUGGAUGUACUGCCAAACUCUCUAAAAUGACGUUGGAGGCGGCUUAUGGUAGAGAAAUUAACAUUGAAUUAUCUGCCAACAGCUCUGGUGGACAUUCCUGCAGUCAGCAUGUGAAUAUCAAGCUCCCUCAACUUGAGACAUCCGUGGUAUUGUGCAUUUGGAAAAUGUCUGGGAUCUUUUAUUUCAGCUCAUGAAACAUGGGACCAACACUUUACAUGUUGCGUUUAUAUUUUUGUUCAGUGUAGGUAUGAAAAUAAACAGAUUGAGCUCUGCAUACGAUUCUUCAUCACAUGGGAGUAGCUAAAAUAGUAUGGAAGAAGAUAUGUACAUUCUUUCUACAGAUCUUAUGUGAAACUUUUCAAAAACCAUGUGGCAUAUGUUGCUGACAAGCCCAAAAUAACAGGCCUAGAUGUCAGUGCUCACCCUUGGGGAGUAAUCCCACUAAUGCAACUUCCAUACUUCCCUUACACCGGCCCCCAUACGCCCUGAGUUCACAGUGAACUAUCAAUUAUAUCAGUUCUACUGUGUGGGUUGUGGCUCCCUGGAAGUGCAGAUUACUUUUAUUCUGGUUUCCUACUUUAUAUAAAACACAUUCUCUGCUAUUUGUUUUCAGAGACACACCACUCAAUUCUUAAUGCAAUUAGCAGCUCCUGCAUAGCUGUUAGACAAGCACUCACUGCCUGGUUGGACAUUACUCUUGUCUUUGGGCAUUCUCUUGCUAUCUCCUGCAGUGUUUGUGGAAGCAAGGGGUGUGAGAACCCUGUACCUGAGAAACAGGUGACUAUCUCUCAAUACAAACAACCGGGGGACACACACACACACACACACACACACACACACACCGCUACUGGAAUAAGAAUGGAGAGAGGGGUGGGGGUAAAAGUAAUACACUAACAUUAGCGCUAACACACAGUAUCCAUAUUAGUGAGUCACAGUGAAGUCACAGGCAGAGGAGCUGUAUUGAAUGGAGUGGUGUGGCUUCUCUGAGGAAGUAAAGCACAGUAGCUGUAGAACCCCUGUUGGGACAUGCAUGGUGACUUCCUCUUUUUACAUUUAGCACCGCUACCAGACCAUGCAGAGCCUCAUCAGGGAGGAAGAAACUGGGGAAGAGAGGAGAGAAGGUGAGUGAACCAGCUCCAGAAUAAGCCGCAUAGAAGGAGGAAUGGGUAAACCAGAUGGGUUGGCCAAAAAAUAAAAUGUAUGAAGGUCAGUGUUUGCGUUUUCCCUGUAAUCAUCAAGAUCAGGAUUUGGGAAGAUUGAGCUGUCUCUAGAUCUGUGCCUAAGAGAAACGUCUACCUGGGGCUAGGGGAGAUGAGAGGGGGGAAAUAAGGAGGGGGGGGGUAUGGAGGAAGAGUGUGCACACUGUGAGUUAGCUGUAGGCCUACAUUUCUCUAUGGGAUAUCUGUUUAUGAUAUAAGUAAAAAAUCUGCGUAACCCGAAGGAUCUCCAAGGGGUAAGUCCUGACAGUUAAAACAUUCUUCCCAGUUUGAGUUUAACAGGGGUCUCAGGCACACGGGGGAGGCUGAUAGAAAGCAAAGGAGGGAGCAAGAUGUAGAGGGGAGAGAGAGGUGGGAGAGGAAGGGAGAGUGAGUGACACAUUCGGAAUGAGUGAAGAGAGCAGUUAUGUGGCUGGCUCAGUGGCUGGUAGGGAGUUGAGUGACAGCUUGAGCCCAUAUUCAGUUUAAGACACAGCAGCUUCUUGUUCUUGCUCGAUUGGAAGCAGAUGUGGACUUUGCUACUGUUAGUUGUUUCUCCUGCCUCCUAAACUCCUCACCUCCAGUCAGCCAAUGUGCACCCAGCACAUACAGCCAGUCAGCACCCUCAUAUUCUCACUCUAAAGUACACAAUGUUGAGUUGGUUACUGGGUUGUAAAGAAGACAUUUUUUUGAGAUGUGGGUUUUUUAACUGGGAGAUGUGGGUUUGUUGGAUAUUAUCCUGUUUGAUGAUAGUUUCUAAAUAAUGCAUUCUACUAAAUUAUAUAGUGUAAGCCAAGUGUUGUUUAAGGUAUACGUUUCAAUUUAAAAAUAGUAUUUCAUCAAAUUAGAUAGGCAAAUACAGAUUUUUCGAAUUCCAUACCAUCCCAAGGAACUCUCCAAAAGACAACAAUCUAGUCCAGCACAAACAGAUAUAGGCUACCAGCAGCUACUGCUGCUAUUUCUAUAUACAGUAAUGUACUAGCCUACCACUACUAUAAACAAUAUCAUUUGUAAUAAUAAUAGUCAUAUCAAUUAAGUUUUACUUUCAUAAUAAAUAAAAAUAUGUCCCCAAAGUGUACCAUGACUGUGUAGUGCAUACCUAACCUCGAUAUGACUAAGCAGUACACUCUUAGAAAAAAAGGGUUCCGAAGGGGUUCUUCGGCUGUCCCCAUAGGAGAACCCUUUUGGGUUCCAAGUAGAACCCCCUGUGUAAAGGGUUGUACAUGGAACCCAAAAGGGUUCUACCUGGAACCAAAAGGGUUCUUCAAAGGGUUAUCCUUUGGGGACAGCCAAAGAACCCUUUUAGGUUCUAAAUAGUACCUUUUUUUUCUAAGCGUGUAUGGCUGUGUAUAAAUUAGCUACACCUCAAGACUAGUCUGCAGAUUGGCAACUCUUACUACUACCCUGUUGUGUCAACAUCAGAAACGACAUCAGAACACCUAAAAAAGUCCCACAGCAGCACUAAUGAAGGAUCAGACAGGCAUUUCCUCACUGGGUCAUGUUGCCUGGUUAACCAAACUAUUUAUUAGCCCAUAGACAAGAAGCAAAACAAAACACAUGUUUGGUUUCUCAUUUUAAAUACACACUGACCUAUAGAGAUGCAGUUAGAUGAUUGAUCCCGUCUCUAUGUCCACCUCUCCACUCGUAUCAGAUAACCUUUUCAACACAUCAAAUUUUAAGGGCACAUUCUAUGGCCCUAGCCCUGUGGUUAAUAAGAAAGAGCUCUUUCUCUCUCUCCCUUGCUAUUCCUUAGAAUGUAUUUACUAUAGAGAUGCAGUUAGACUCAGUGAAUACUGACAAAUGACACACGCACUCUCUCCAUUACAUUUUCAGCAUCACUGCAGAUAACGGAUUCCUUGGACACCGCCCACACGUACCAACCCGGGGAUUCGCUAACUCACCUGGCGACGGUGCUGGGUAGGACAGAACCUUGGGCGUCAGAAUGGAACAGGUACUGCGGUAAAUGCAAAAUCCACACACACACACAAAACUCCUGCUGUGACUCACAAAAUGUCAGUGCAAAAGCAGUGGUAUCCAAGCCUCUCCAAAGUCACCAAGCUGGGAAGAAAGAGUUCCGGUGCAAAAAGUGAAUGGAAAGAAUGUCCUUUUAUGUUGUGCAGUUGUUUAGCCUUGUCUCAACUAUUAUUCUGUCAUGGAAUGAAGGAGCAGAGGUUCGUGCAGGUAUUAGAAACCAGGCAAUGAGAGUUAAAGUGUAGACCCCACCCACCUUUGAAAUAGGAACAGCUGGGAAGGCACAGCACACAUGCCAGGACUGGGAUGCUCUUGUGCCUUUUGUACAGUGUAGAACAGGCUACAAUAAAUUCGAGCUUUUUACUUUCUUAAAUAAAAGUCGGGUACAUUUAGCAUUAAUAAAAUGUGUAGAAUUUAUGGUAUUUCUAAAGUUGUAUAAAACGAUCUAAUAGGUUUCCCACUGUGCUUUUUCUAAUGGGCAAUGUUAAAACUGUAACAACAACUUAACAAUAACAACAAUAAAAGUAAUUUUAAGCGUUUCGGUAAAAACCUGAGGGAUGAGGCUGGAGAAAAGGAACUACUCUCAAAUUCAUAUAUGGAUGCCAAGACUGACCAUCCAUGAUAUCAAAAGUAUAAUUUUAACCAUGUUUUCAGGCUAUACAGUAUGUGUUUACAUUUACUUUGUUUACAAUUAUUUACAAUGGUUAAAUAAAGGUUAAAUAAAUAAAAAAAAUUUGGGUUCUGAUGGGGAAUGACAGUUAUUUCUAGGUUUUAUAGGUUAUAUUCUUGAAGAAUCAAUGGGUACAUAUGAUUAAUUUAUGUCCAAAAAUGGAUGUCGCAAGUGCAGAUUGUCCCUUUAAAGUCUAUAUGAGGGGAAAAUGACAGUGAAGUUAUAGCGUGACAAUUCUAUGAGACAUUUUAAUAUCAAUAGCUAUGUCUAUAGAAACUGAGACCAGCAUUUAAAACUGAACAUAUUCCACUGGUACAUAAAGUCAGUGGGAAAACUUGGGUGUUUUUGUUGUAUUGCUAUGAUGUGUUUGGCCUAUGGGUUUGCUAGUGAUGGGCAGUUGUUGUCCAGUGUGUUCAAGCCCCAAUUGUAUUAUACUGAUCCGCUAUCUAAGCACUCAUCUUGGAGUUUUCUCACAGGUAGUUUGACCUCUGGAAAUUUAUGAGGACGUUUUUUACUUAGGCCCUCUGCACAACAGCCACAGCAAGAGUGUCAGAACCAAUUAUGGGUCCUCCGUCAUCAAAACAGUUUAUUUUCCCUCUUUCCCGUCUCUAUGUCCGCCUCUCCACUCGUAUCAGAUAACCUUUUCAACACAUCAAAUUAUAUAAGCGCACAUUAUAUGGCCCUAGCCCUGUGGUUAAUAAGAAAGAGCUCUUUCUCUCUCUCCCUUGCUAUUCCUUAGAAGAUUAUUUUUAUUUCAAUGUUUUUUUAACCCUUAUUUUACCAGGUAAAUUGACUGAGAACACAUUCUCAUUUACAGCAACGACCUGGGGAUAGUUACAGGGGAGAGGAGGGGGAAUGAAUGAGCCAACUGGAAGCUGGCGAUGAUUAUUGGAAAGAGAAUUCUCAAAUGUGGUUCUCUUUGUUCAGAGAGCUGAGCGGUGCCAUUUAGUUAGUCUUUAUUCUGAUGGCAACAUGUUGUUCAUUUGUUAAGCAAGAAAUGUAGUAAAAACCAAUGCAUUCUAUCACGUCACCUUAUGGGUGAAGGAAGAUUAAACAAGCAUAAUGUGUCUUUCAUAAGAACAGAAUGUAUCUAGAAUGUCUUUCCUGACACAAUAUUCCAAACAUAAAUUAUCAUGAGAUUAGAACAUAGUGAUUCAAAUGCAAACCAAACGCUGACAGCACACAGUACUUUGCACAGAAAUGGAGGGGAAGAAAUGACACAGGGUUUCUGUUUAUAAAAUGCAGUAUCACUCUAUGGACUGUUUAGCAGAGAGAGAGAGAGAGAGAGAGAGAGAGAGAGAGAGAGAGAGAGAGAGAGAGAGAGAGAGAGAGAGAGAGAGAGAGAGAGAGAGAGAGAGAGAGAGAGAGAGAGAGAGAGAGAGAGAGAGAGAGAGAUCCUGCCACUGCAUUGUUCAGGAAUUAAAACAUCCACUUUCUCUCUCCUACCCGUAUGCACACCUAACAUCAUAGUAGAAACUAUCUUCGGCAUUUUAUUGUAUACAUUAUAACCUUCUUUCUUUGCCAGGUACCUGUAUUACUCCUUUGGGAAUAUCCUUUAUAGCAUAGUGGGCUCAGAAUAUAUAUCUCAGUUAAAAUAUGUCAAUUAAAAGGAUAUUGCAAGAUUUUGCCAAUUAAGCCUUUUUUCUACUUACCCAGAGUCAGCAUGCUAGCUGUUCUGGUAGACUUCCAGUCAUUACGCAAAUGAUAGUUAGCAAUGACUCGCAAAACUACCUUCAACUUCCUUCAAACUGCACACAGGUACAUAAAAAGAUGGUACCUACUGACUCUGGGUAAGUAGAAAAGGGGAUUAAUUGCCAAAAUGUUGCACUCUCCCUUUAAACCCACACUUCCCGGCGAUGGCAAUCAAGAAAACAAUAAUUAGUUUUUAUAAUGGUAGGCUAAUUUGUUAUUUUACUUUAAUAUGAAUAUAGAGAAAAAAAUAAGUUCACCUAAAUCAAUUAUGGGAUUGUAUAGCUGUUGAAAUGAUGGGAAAAUGAUGGCAAUAAUCUUGCAGAGGCUUCACUCUUCUAACAGAGGAACAACAAUGGAGAGUUUGUCUCUUUUUUAAGUGAUUUCUAUUCAUUCAGCAGACUGGACCAAAGUUUCUCUCCACUGCCAAGAGUGACCAGGGAGUCAGUGAGACAGUAUCUGCAGUUUCGCCCUGACCAAUCUGUGCGAAUACUCCAUGCAAAGGUCGCCCAGAAAUCAUACGGCAACGAGAAACGGUAAGUCGACAAGGCCCCCACCUGUUAAACACUAUCCAAAUAUCUCUCAUCAAUCAUCUAACUCUUGGUUUGUGACCUAUUGACUGGUUGUAAAGUGGGCGGUCACGUGUGUUUUGCAAGGUAGAGGACCCUGGUUCAAGCCCAGUCAGGAGAAUGUUCAGGGAGGCAGCGCUAUAUGCUAAGCUAGCACACUGACGUCGGUGAUAUAUGCAGGGAGUUUAGUGGGCAAACUAGCCUUAGCCAGAUUGCAGGUGCUUUUUGUAUGGUAUGAAGGAACAUUGUGUGUCUACAUACAAUAGGUUCUUCUGCCCUCCUCCUUGUGUUUACAUCAGUGGCUCAGGAUGGAAACUGAAACAAGACCUUUUGAAAGGUGAGCCUGAGGAUACAUGUUCCCCCACACAUUUGGCAAUUAUUUAUCCAGUAAGCAAUUAAAGUACUGUACUACAUGAUCUGACUUAAGCUCUGUAAUCCUACCCAGCCACUGGUGCAGGGGACUCCUGCUACAGACUCUGUGGUUAUAUGGGCCUGGACAGCUCCUGUGUGGCCCAGGCAGACACCUUCAAACUAGCCUUCGAGGACCAGCCUGAUGCCAGGGUGAGAGGAGGAAUCUAAAUACAAAUAUAUCAAGGUGAAAAGGGUCUCCCGUUUUAUGACAAAAACAUGGCCUCCUGUGUUUCCAGCCUGACCUCAAGACUGACCACUGUACAGGGCUGUGGAGUAACUGAUUACAUGUAAUCUGAUUAUAAAAAACCUGUAACUGUAAUCGGUUACGUUAACAGCUAAAAUAUUGUAAUCAGAUUAUAGAAAAACAAGUUGGUUACUUCUUGGAUUACUUAUAAUUUCAGAAAAAUAUACUGAACAGAAAUAUAAAUGCAACAUGCAACAAUUUCAACGAUUUUACUGAGUUACAGUUCAUAUGAGGAAAUCAGUCAAUUUAAAUAAAUAAAUGAGGCUCUAAUCUAUGGAUUUCACAUGACUAGGAAUACAGAUAUGCAUCUGUUGGUCACAGAUACCUUUAAAAAAAUUUGACCUCACAAUGGGCCUCAGGAUCUCAUCACGGUAUUUUUGUGCAUUCAAAUUGCCAUCGAUAAAAUGCAAUUUUGUUCGUUGUCCGUAGCUUAUGCCUAACCAUACCAUAACCCCACCGCCAGGUCAGGUUUGUAGGCCUCCUUGCUCGCACAAGCUUUUUCAGUUCUGCCACCCCUGUGCUUCACGGUUGGAUGGUGUUCUUCGGCUUGCAAGCAACCCCCUUUUUCCUCCAAACAUAACAAUGGUCAUUAUUGCCAAACAGUUGAUUUUUGAUUCAUCAGACCAGAGGACAUUUCUCCAAAAAGUACGAUCUUUGUCCCCAUGUGCAAUUGCAAACCGUAGUCUGGCUUUUUUAUGGUGGUUUUGGAGCAGUGGCUUCUUCCUUACUGAGCAGCCUUUCAGGUUAUGUCGAUUUAGGACUCAUUUUACUGUGGAUAUACAUACUUUUGUACCUGUUUCCUCCAGCAUCUUCACAAGGUCCUUUGCUGUUGUUCUGGGAUUGAUUUGAACUUUUCGCACCAAAGUACAAUCAUCUCUAGGAGACAGAACGCGUCUCUUUCCUGAGCAGUAUGACGGCUGUGUGGUCCCAUGGUGUUUAUACUUGCGUACUAUUGUUUGUACAGACGAACGUGGUACCUUUAGGCGUUUGGAAAUUGCUCCCAAGGAUGAACCAGACUUGUGGAGGUCUACAAUGUUUUUUUCUGAGGUCUUGGCUGACUUCUUUUGAUUUUCCCAUGAUGUGUAAGCAAAGAGGCACUGAGUUUGAAGGUAGCCCUUGAAAUACAUCCACAGGUUCACCUCAAAUUGAGUAAAAUGAUAUAAAUUAGCCUAUCAGAAGCUUCUAAAGCCAUGACAUCAUUUUCUGGAAUUUUCCAAGCUGAUUAAAGGCACAGUCAACUUAGUGUAUGUAAACUUCUGAACCACCGGAAUUGUGAUACAGUGAAUUAUAAGUGAAAUAAUCUGUCUGUAAACAAUUGUUGGAAAAAUUACUUGUGUCAUGCACAAAGUAGAUGUCCUAUCCGACUUGCCAAAACUAUAGUUUGUUAACAAGACAUUUGUGGAGUGGUUGAAAAACUAGUUUUAAUGACUCCAACCUAAGUGUACAGUGGGGAAAAAAAGUAUUUAGUCAGCCACCAAUUGUGCAAGUUUUCCCACUUUAAAAAAUGCUACGCUCCUGUAAAUUGUAUUGUAUGUGUGAGGCACGUUCUCAAUAAGCAAGAUAUAGCCUAGGCCCUACCGUUGAUAUGGUGUUAUAUGAGUGAAUAAUUUGAACACGUCAACUAUGACAGACAAAAUGAGAAAAAAAAUCCAGAAAAUCACAUUGUAGGAUUUUGAAAUCUUAGAGUUAAGUGGGUUCAAUUCUUCCUAGAAGUUGGACGUGCCAAAAUGGGGAUUUACAGAGAAAACAAAAAACUUAUUUUAAUGAAAACAGUAGUUAUUUUACUGCAUAGAUGUAUGUAUGUAUGUAUGUAUGUGAUCCAACUGUUAAAUUGAGUGUUCAUCAAAAUGUACAUACAUAAUUCCUGAGGGACAUAAAAAGCACUCUAUUCGUGAAACGACCCUACUGUGGGACAAAAAUACAAUACAAGCUCAGUCCAAUGCAGUCACAAAUGUAGAUUAAAUUACAAGUAUCUCUCCAUUUUUUCCACAUAUACUGUAUUUGCUUGAAAGGAGUUUCUUGGAGUUAUGAUAUACAGUGGGGAAAAAAAGUAUUUAGUCAGCCACCAAUUGUGCAAGUUCUCCCACUUAAAAAGAUGAGAGAGGCCUGUAAUUUUCAUCAUAGGUACACGUCAACUAUGACAGACAAAAUGAGAAAAAAAAUCCAGAGAAUCACAUUGUAGGAUUUUUAAUGAAUUUAUUUGCAAAUUAUGGUGGAAAAUAAGUAUUUGGUCAAUAACAAAAGUUUCUCAAUACUUUGUUAUAUACCCUUUGUUGGCAAUGACACAGGUCAAAGGUUUUCUGUAAGUCUUCACAAGGUUUUCACACACUGUUGCUGGUAUUUUGGCCCAUUCCUCCAUGCAGAUCUCCUCUAGAGCAGUGAUGUUUUGGGGCUGUCGCUGGGCAACACGGACGUUCAACUCCCUCCAAUGAUUUUCUAUGGGGUUGAGAUCUGGAGACUGGCUAGGCCACUCCAGGACCAUGAAAUGCUUCUUACGAAGCCACUCCUUCUUUGCCCGGGCGGUUUGUUUGGGAUCAUUGUCAUGCUGAAAGACCCAGCCAUGUUUCAUCUUCAAUGCCCUUGCUGAUGGAAGGAGGUUUUCACUCAAAAUCUCACGAUACAUGGCCCCAUUCAUUCUUUCCUUUACACGGAUCAGUCGUCCUGGUCCCUUUGCAGAAAAACAGCCCCAAAGCAUGAUGUUUCCACCCCCAUGCUUCACAGUAGGUAUGGUGUUCUUUGGAUGCAACUCAGCAUUCUUUGUCCUCCAAACACGACGAGUUGAGUUUUUACCAAAAAGUUCUAUUUUGGUUUCAUCUGACCAUAUGACAUUCUCCCAAUCCUCUUCUGGAUCAUCCAAAUGCACUCUAGCAAACUUCAGACGGGCCUGGACAUGUACUGGCUUAAGCAGGGGGACACGUCUGGCACUGCAGGAUUUGAGUCCCUGGCGGCGUAGUGUGUUACUGAUGGUAGGCUUUGUUACUUUGGUCCCAGCUCUCUGCAGGUCAUUCACUAGGUCCCCCCGUGUGGUUCUGGGAUUUUUGCUCACCGUUCUUGUGAUAAUUUUGACCCCACGGGGUGAGAUCUUGCGUGGAGCCCCAGAUCGAGGGAGAUUAUCAGUGGUCUUGUAUGUCUUCCAUUUCCUAAUAAUUGCUCCCACAGUUGAUUUCUUCAAACCAAGCUGCUUACCUAUUGCAGAUUCAGUCUUCCCAGCCUGGUGCAGGUCUACAAUUUUGAUUCUGGUGUCCUUUGACAGCUCUUUGGUCUUGGCCAUAGUGGAGUUUGGAGUGUGACUGUUUGAGGUUGUGGACAGGUGUCUUUUAUACUGAUAACAAUUUCAAACAGGUGCCAUUAAUACAGGUAACGAGUGGAGGACAGAGGAGCCUCUUAAAGAAGAAGUUACAGGUCUGUGAGAGCCAGAAAUCUUGCUUGUUUGUAGGUGACCAAAUACUUAUUUUCCACCAUAAUUUGCAAAGAAAUUCAUUAAAAAUCCUACAAUGUGAUUUUCUGGAUUUUCUGUUCUCAAUUUGUCUGUCAUAGUUGACGUGUACCUAUGAUGAAAAUUACAGGCCUCUCUCAUCUUUUUAAAUGGAAGAACUUGCACAAAUGGUGGCUGACUAAAUACUUUUUUCCCCCACUGUAAAUUCCAGUCGUACUUUAUCAAAGGCGUAUUCAAAGUCAGCUUCUUAGACUUGCUUUCAAUGAGAAUUACAUAUCUAUAAGACACAUUUCUAUUUGAAUUUGAUUGGGUCGCCCAAAAAGUAACAUAUUGCAGCUUUAACCACUCUCAAAUUCAUAGACAGAGCUAUGGAUACAAGGACUGACUAUCCAUGAUAUAAUAAUGAUAGUUUUAACCAUGUUUUGGCAAUAUAGUGUUUGUUUACAUUUAUUUUGUUUACAAACAUUGGAGUAAAACAAGCUUAUAUUUUUGGGUUCUGAUGGGGUACAACAGUUGAAGUAAGCUCAUUUAUAAGUUAUAUUCUACAAGAAUCAUUGGGUAUAUAUAAUUCAUUUAUCAGAAAAUGGAUGUAGCAACUGCUGAUUGUACCUUUAAGUGGAAAAUAAUCUAAAAGUAAUCCGAUUACUGAGUUUGGGUAAUCCAAAAGUUACCUUACUGAUUACAAUUUCAGACAUGGAACUAGUAACUGUAAUGAUUACAUUUAGAAAGUAACCUACCCUGCCGCUAUAAUGACCCAGACAAGGUUUCAAAACAUUUUAUUACAAGAGACUGUUGACAGAACAAACACAGCGUAUGAGGCACUGCUGAAUGUUUGCUUUUUCUUUUAACAGAUGUUUGCCUGCGCCAAGUCCCUGUACAUCUCCGACACAGACAAAAGGAAGCACUUUCGCCUGGUCCUCAAGCUCUUCCUUGGCAACGGGCAGGAGAUUGGCUCCUUCCUCAGUAAACUGAUCAAAGUUAUCUCCAAACCGUCCCAGAAGAGGCAGUCUAUGAAGAACGCUGACUGUGAGUGAAAGGUGAUCCUAAAGUGCCACAGUCCCCAGGGUCACAGUAGGGCUAGAGUGGAGGUGCAGGUUGCCACUCCUAGUUAGGCCAGACAUUUGACCUUAUGAUCUAAGAGCACACAAUACGAGUCCAGUUGUGUUGACAUAGGCUCCUACCCCUUGCGAGAUAAAAGGGAGAGGCGCCAGAGAGGUUUGACAGCUGAGAUCACCCGUAGGAUGAAUGUCGAAUUUCUCACCCGUAGGAGAAUGCGUCACGGUGCACUGUGUGUGAAAGGAAAACAUACCCACAAUUGUCAUGCUGCAUCAGUCAUUAAUGAGAAUGGUGUAUGCUUAUUUGUGGGCUUAUUUGUGAUGUGUAUUUAUUUACAUUUGACAUUUUAGUCAUUUAGCAGACGCUCUUAUCCAGAGCGACUUACAGUUAGUGAGUGCAUACAUUUAUUUUUUUUCAUACUUUUUUUCAUACAUACAAAUACAUGUAUGUGUAUUUGAGGUAGGGAAAUGCGUCAUGUGCACAACAUGUGGAAGUGAAAUGUAUUUGUCAUGCUGCAUACUACGGCUAUGUGUGUGUGUGUGUGUACACACGUCUGUAUGUUUGCGUGUGUGUCCAUUUGCAGUGUGUAUUUCCGCGGGGUCGAGGGUGGCUCUGUUCAACCGCUUGCGGUCCCAAACGGUCAGCACACGUUACCUGGCCGUAGAACGAGGGGCCUUUGUAGCCAGUGCCAGACAGUGGACCGCAUUUACAGUCACUCUAGGUAUGAACGGCUGUCUGAACCGCUGUCUCUCAGUCCUCCAUCUACACACUCUCUCUCUCUUUACUGCUGUGGGCAGAAUGACUUGUCAGAGCCCUUAUGAAAGGAAUACGUAAAUCUUCUAGCUGGUGGUAAUGCUGGGACAAUAUUUGUUUUCCAUCAUGAAAUAAAUAAAAAACUUUGCUAAUGCAGUAAUGUAUUCCAAGACAGACUUUGCAACCUUUCUCUGAUUGGAAUCAUAUCCCAAAAACUAAGAUCAAGCUCACCUCAGAAGUAGACUCCAUAGACUCAUCUGUUUUUCAUGUUUUCAUCCUACUGCUACUCAUUCACUUACAUUAUGUUUUAACUUAUUUGUCUGUCUGUCUGUCUGUCUGUCUGUCUGUCUGUCUGUCUGUCUGUCUGUCUGUCUGUCUGUCUGUCUGUCUGUCUGUCUGUCUGUCUGUCUGUCUGUCUGUCUGUCUGUCUGUCUGUCUGUCUGUCUGUCUGUCUGUCUGUCUGUCUGUCUGUCUGUCUGUCUGUCUGUCUGUCUGUCUGUCUGUCUGUCUGUCUGUCUGUCUGUUCUGUCUGUCUGUCUGUCUGUCUGUCUGUCUGUCUGUCUGUCUGUCUGUCUGUCUGUCUGUCUGUCUGUCUGUCUGUCUGUCUGUCUGUCUGUCUGUCUGUCUGUCUGUCUGUCUGUCUGUCUGUCUGUCUGUCUGUCUGUCUGUCUGUCUGUCUGUCUGUCUGUCUGUCUGUGUGCGCAGUCGAGGACCAGCAUGCUGACUCAGGAGAGUUCACGGUGUGUGAGGGCUUCAUCUGCUACGGCUGUGUGGUUCAGCUGGUCUGCACUGACUCCGGGGUGGCCCUGCCCCCAAUGGUAAACACUCGCACAUGCACAAUAAUUGGAUAUCACCUCAAUGGUACCAUUAUACUGGAGACCUUGGUAGCUGCAGUUCAGUAUUCUUUACAUGCUGUAGUCUGACCACCUUAAUUCCACUGUAUUUCAUAAUUGGGGAAAAUAAUCGUGUUAUAGUUUUUCCUUCUCGUAAGAACUCUGAGCAGAUGUUAUAUGGUUUGCUGCACAGCAGAAUUCUAUUGUUAUUAUUGUCUUGCUCAUGUUCAUAGGAUGGGAUUAUUUUUAGGCAACCCCUCAUGGCAAUUGGGUGAUCAGACCGCUUUCACGUACCCCCAAAUUGGCAUUUGAAUAAUACAGCUGAUGGUUUAGAGUAACAUACACCUACAUUGUACACCUAUACAUGUUAUUUUAGUUGAGGUAAAUUGCUGACUGUUUUAUUUUCUUUUGGAGUGGCUUGUAUAUUUUCCUAUUUAAACUCUAGCGUGCUCUCUACCACGUUCACUGUGUUUGCUUACGGUUUGGUUCAGCUCAGGGCUUUGGAGGGAGAUGAAAUAGUGGUAGCACACCGUCAUGCUGUAGACUGCAACCCCAGUGAUGCUCUCUCUGGUACACGCUUAGAAAAAAUGGUUCAAAAAGGGUUCUUUGGCUGUCCACAUAGUUCUCCUUUGAAGAACCCUUUUUGGUUACAGGUAGAACCCUUUCAGUUCCAUGUAGAACCCUCUGUGGAAAGGGUUUUACAUGGAACUCAAAAGGGUUCUACCUGGAACCAAAAGGACAGCCGAAGAACCGUUUUUAGGUUCUAGAUAGCACCUUUUUGUCUAAGAGUGUAGCUUAGGACCAGCCAGGAGUUCUCUAUGAUGUGAAGAUGAUACCUUGGCUUGCCCUGACAGGAAGAAACAAUCUUAUUCAGGGGCCUCCUCCAGACAUAACAUCAUCUAAGCCCAUCUAAGUCAUGUUAUUAACAAAGCUAUCAUGUCGUAUAUAGAUUUAAUAAAGGUCCAGUUUAUUUUAAAAAGAGAGGAAACCAACGGUGUGUCAUAUUGGAUGAUGGAUUCCAUUAGAUUCCUAUCAUACUAGUACAUAUAUUUCUUAUUGUUGUAGUUUAUUUUUUUUAAAGAGAGGAGGCCAAUGAUGUGUCAAAAGGAUGAUGGAUUCUGUUAGAUCCUUGAUGUUUUUGGAUUCCCUCCAGGUGAUCCGCAAGGUGAACAAGCAGCACACCAUCCUGGAUGUGGACGAGCCCGUCUCCCAGCUCCACAAGUGUGCCUUUCAGUUCAAGGACAACAGCCAGAUGUACCUCUGCCUGUCUAAUGAGAGAAUCAUACAGUACCAGGUUAAUAUUACCCUAUUCACACGAUUGUGCCGACCCAAGCCUGCGCUUGCUCUGAUAUUUUCUGUUCACAUUAUCCUUUUCAGCACGGUUCCAGCAAUAGUGGGUGGUAUUGGGUAACCAGACCAGCUUAGUACAGCUUGGUUUGGCUUUGCUCGGUUUGACUCAGUAGUGUGAAAAGUCCUUAUGAGAGGUAAAAUGUCACUCUAGGGACAUGAUGAUACAGGUCCAUGCUAUAACUCUCGCUAGCUCUCGCAAUCAUUAUUUAGCCCAGAAUUAGGUCACAGACCUACAUUAGUAGCUAAGGGACAGUGUCACUGAACCUUCUCCUCAGGCCCUGGGUUCACUAGCAGUGAGACAGUUGUGGAAUGGGGGGUGGGGGGUGGGGAUGGGAGGGGGGGGUUCAAUGGGAAUGGGGCAUGGAGGCGUUAACCUCUUCACCUUGGGUCUUCCCAGGUCUCAUCCAGUCUGAGGGAGCAGAGCAGAGAGGUGCUGAAUGAUGGAUCAUGUUGGACCAUAAUCGGUACAGAAGCAGUGGAGUAUACGUUCUCUGAGGGCUUGGCCUGCGUUCAGGGCUCGGUCAGCCCAAUACCUGUCAUCACAGGACUGGAGGUGAGGUCUUAACACUACUGAAGCUGACAAAAAAAUCAAAUGAGGAAUAAGGAACUGCAGUGAUUCAAGGCUGAUUUGCACCUUGUUUUCUGUUCCUGUCAAUAAGACAAGAAAGUGUGGGUUUUUUAUGUAAAUUGUCACUGUACCAUUUAAGAGACGUGGAUGGGGGAAAUGAGUACUGUAUAAGAGUACUGUACAAUAUAGUACCCAAAUAAUACAGUACUACAACUACUACUAUUGGUAGACUCCCCUUGUAGGUAGAUCAUUCCAGUUUUCAGAAUAAGAAGUGUGUGUGUGAGGGUAGUAAAAAAACAAAACAAAAAAGUGUAAUGUUGAUAUGAUGGUUUGAUUGAAUUAAUGUUGAACGUGUCCUUUUAGGUGAAUGGUGGAGGACAUGUAGCCAUGCUAGAAGUACAUGGAGAAAACUUUGGCCCCCAUCUGAAAGUUUGGUUUGGAAAUGUGGAGGCAGAAACUAUGUUAAGGUGAAUUUUAAAUCUUACAAGUAAUUGUUCUUGUUCCAUAAUCAAGUAAAUGCAAUGCCUCAACCAGACCAGUGUUGUGUCCUUACAAAGUAGGACACAUAUAAAAUGCCCAGUGCAAACUUGUUGUUUCAAGUUACUAAUACCUGUGUAAUUGUUGUAGUUACCAGGGUUAUAGGCUUCAUGGCUCUCUGGCCUAUUUUAGUUUGCAUUGCCUAGUUGCGUUUUAUGGCCACUUCCAGGUGAAUGUAGUCUGUUCCUGAGGAUUACAAGCACACCAAAGAGCACUUGGAGAGGCCCCAGUCUUAUUUAAAACUUCCGCUCUCAUUCAUUUUACCACAUGAACUCCAGGUGGUACAUGGGACAACACAAGUAUACAACACAAAUUUACUGAUAUUUCCACACUAUGAGGUCAAAAUAACACUCAAAUUGUGAAAAUUAUGAUAAAAUAAAAUAAAAUGUUAUUUGUCACAUGCGCCGAAUACAACAGGUAUUCUAUCACGUUUCAGGAGAAGACCCAGACGCAAACAGUGUUGAAGUAACAAAAGUUUACUACAAAAACAGGGGGCAGGCAAACGACAGGUCAAGGGCAGGUCCGUAAUCCAGAUCAGAGUCCAAAAGGUACAGAACGGCAGGCAGUCUCAGGGUAUGCCGACCUCUUCCUCUUACUCCGGGAAGAACAGGGGCUGAUAACCCAGGGAACACUCAAAGGGUGAAAGACCCAUGGCAGAGCAGGGAAGGGUGUUGCGACGUAUUUGACCCACACUAGUUGCUGGCUCCAGGUGGUGUUGUUGGCGGAGACCAGGCAGCGCAGAGUCGUCUCCAGGUCUUGGUUGGCUUGCUCCGACUGGGCGUUGGACUGAGGGUAGAAGCCGGAGGACAGGCUGACCGACGACACAAUGAGUGUGCAGAACACCUUCCAGAACCGGGACGUGAACUGAGGACCCCGGUCGGAGACCAUGUCCACUGGGAGUCCAUGGAUCCGGAAGAUGUGCUGCACCAUGAGGUGGGUCGUCUCUUUGGUGGAGGGUAGCUUGGGGAGAGGAAUGAAGUGGGUGGCUUUGGAAAACUGGUCCACAACUGUCAGGAUGGUGGUGUUGCCAUCAGACGGGGGAAGACCUGUGACAAAGUCCAGGGAUUAGUGAGACCAGGGACAGUGAGGAACAGGCAGAGGUUGGAGGAGACCAGCCCGAGCAUGCCGAGGAGUCUUGUUCUGCGCAUAGAUCGUGCAGGCGGCGACGAAUGUGGAGAUGUCAGGAAGCAUGGUAGGCUACCAAAAGCGUUGUCGCACAAAGGCCAGGGUCCGACGGGAGCCCGGGUGACAGGCAAGCCUGGAGGCCCACUCCAGGACCGAGAAGUGGACAGUGUCAGGAACAACCCCCCCCCCCCCCCUUCCCUAUUCCCCAACUGAGAGCCAUCGCCAAGCACGAGGUGGGAAGGACGGUCUCGGAUUCUGGGAGUGUAGCCGCGGGGUCAUAGCAGCGUGACAGCGCAUCUGGCUUGACAUUCUUGGAUCCCGGUCGGUAUGAGAGGGAAGUUGAACCAUGUGAAAAGCAGGACCCACCUAGCUUACCUGGAAUUCAGACACUUGGCGGUGCGAAGAUAUUCAAAGUUAUUGUGGUCUGUCCACACAAUGAAUGUAUGUUCCGCCUCCUCCAGCCAGUGCCUCCACUCCUCCAACGCCAUCUUCACCGCGAGAAGCUCAUUCCCCACAUCGUAAUUCCUCUCCGUGGUGUUGAGGCGAUGGGAGAAGAAGGCUGUAACUUGAGGUCCAGGGCCCAACGCUGGGACAGGACCGCCCCCACUCCGACAUCCGAAGCAUCGGCCUCCACCACGAACUGGCAGGACGAGUCAGGAUGAACAAAGAUGGGAGCAGUGGUGAAAUGGUGUUUGAGGUCCCGGAACGCCCAGUCAGCAGCUGGAGACCAUGUGAACGGAACCUAGGGAGAGGUGAGUGCAGACAAAGGGGAAGCUAGGGUGCUGUAACCCCGGAUAAAGCAGCUAUAAAAGUUGGAGAAUCCCAGGAAACGUUGCCGCUGCACUUUGGAAGUAGGCUGGGGCCAAUUUUACACCGCUCUCACCUUCCCGGGAUCCAUCUGUACAUUCCCUGCAGCGAUGAUGUACCCGAGGAAGGAGAUGAUGGAGUGAUGGAAUUCGCAUUUCUCCGCUUUCACAAAUAGCUGGUUCUCCAGGAGGUGAUGGAGGACCUGUCGGACGUGGAGCACGUGUUCUUGGGCGGAACGGGAGAAGACGAGGAUGUCGUCGAGGUAGACGAAGGCGAACUGUUUUAACAUGUCGCGGAGAGCAUCAUUAACAGGGGCCCCCAGCUGGAGCAUCGGUAAGGCCAAAUGGCAUGACCAGAUACUCGUAGUGACCACUGGCCGUGUUGAAGGCAGUCCACCACUCGUCCCCCUCCCGUAUCAGCACCAGGUGGUAGGCGUUCCGUAGGUCCAGCUUGGAGAACACGUUGGCCCCCUGGAGCGGCUUCAAGGCCAAGGAGAUGAGUGGUAGCGGGUAGCUGUUCUUCACUGUGAUGUCAUUGAGGCCCCGGUAGUCGAUGCACGGGCGGAGCGUUUUGUCCUUCUUCUCCCCAAAGAAGAACCCUGCGCCGGCGGGGGAGGCAGAAGGAUGGAUUAACCCGGCAGCUAGGGAGUCCUCCAUGUAGGUCUUCAUAGCCUUGGUCUCCAAUUCCUGACAGCGAGUACAGUCGUCUCCGGAGCGAAGUGGUGCCUGGGAGAAGGUUGAUUCCGCAGUCGUAGGGUCGUGCGACAGAAGUGAAGUGGCCCGGGCCUUACUGAACACCUUCCGGAGGUCCUGGUACUCCGCGGCAAUGGUGGAGCGGUCCGAGGCAACUUCCAAGCCCCCAGGAAGAUGUCCCGGGGCAGUCUGCGCUGACUUCAGGCAAUGAGAGUGGCAGAACAGGCUCCAGCCCAUGAUGGCACCAGUAGACCAGACAAUAAAGAGGUUGUGUCGCUGGAGCCAAGAGAAAUCCAAUACCACAGGAACCUGAGGAGACUUAAUUAGCAGGAAUUGGAUCGUCUCGCUGUGGUUCCCUGAUACUCGUAGGUUGAUGGGGGUGGUAUUGUGGGUGACCCGGCCUAUAGAGUGCCCGUCCAGCACUCUAACGUCCAUGGGAAUGGAGAGGGGCUGAGUGGGGAUGCCCAGCUCGGAUGCCAGGGUAGCAUCCAUAAAGCUCUCAUCGGCCCCAGAGUCGAUGAGUACCAGGAUAGUUUUCGACUGGUACCCCCACAGCAAGAUGGUAUGAAAGUGGGUGCGAGUAAGGGGAGAGGAAAAGUUAUCCGUAUGGCCCACCAGAGUACUCGCUCCUACCGGUCUUGGUCUUUUAGUGGACAAGUGGACCGAAAAUGACCAGUAGUCACGCAAUACAGGCAACUCUUCGUGUGAAGCCUGUAUUGCCAUUCGGCUGGAGACAACCUAGCUCUGCCUAGUAGCAUCGGCCCGCGAAGAGGUGAAUCGGCAGACUUCGGAGACUCUCGGGGGAACUCGGGUUCUCUCGGCAAUGGAGAAGUCGGGGACUUCUGGGAUGCCUCGGAGGUGAGGUGGAAUCCUUCCUCUUCUUCUUCAUUCCCGUAGUCGCCCAUCGAUCCGAAUGGUCAAGGCGAUGAGUGAGUCGAGAUCCGUCAGUAGUUCCGGAGCUGCAAGCUCAUCCUUUACUUCCUCCGAUACUCCGUGCAGGAACAUGUUGAACAGCGCUUCCGGGUUCGAGGCACACUCAGCUGCCAACGUUCGGAAAUCCACUGCAUCGUCUGCCACACUGCGGGAUUCUUGCCGAAGCUGGAGUAACUUCCGGGCAGCCUCUCUCCUGGACAAUGGAGUAUCGAAAACCUUCUUUACCUCUGCUGUUUGAAAAAAGCGCCUGGAAUUUUAGCCUGUUCAGAUGGGUUGGUGUUUUUGGCCCGCCGCAUAACGUCACCAGGCGGUCUGAUUGUAAUCGACCAAUGACAGUUCAUCUUUGAUUUGUGUUUCUCCUACUACUACUGCCAGUCACGCACGGUUAAAUUGGUACAUUUACAUUUACAUUUUAGUCAUUUAGCAGACGCUCUUAUCCAGAGCGACUUACAGGAGCAAUUAGGGUUAAGUGCCUUGCUCAAGGGCACAUUAACGUCAUUUAGCAGACGCUCUUAGCCAGAGCGACUCACAAAUUGGUGCGUUCACCCUAUAGCCAGUGGGAUAACCACUUUACAAUUGGGGGGGGGGGGGGGGGGGGGGGGGUGGGUAGAAGGAUUCCUUUAUCCUAUCCCAGGUAUUCCUUAAAGAGGUGGGGUUUCAAAUGUCUCCGGAAGGUGGUGAGUGACUCCGCUGUCCUGGCGUCGUGAGGGAGCUUGUUCCACCAUUGGGGUGCCAGAGCAGUGAACAGUUUUGACUGGGCUGAGCGGGAACUAUGCUUCCGCAGAGGAAGGGGAGCCAGCAGGCCAGAGGUGGAUGAGCGCAAUGCCCUCGUUUGGGUGUAGGGACUGAUCAGAGCCUGAAGGUACAGAGGUGCCGUUCCCCUCACUGCUCCAUAGGCAAGCACCAUGGUCUUGUAGCGGAUGCGAGCUUCAACUGGAAGCCAGUGGAGUGUGCGGAGGAGGGGGGUGACGUGAGAGAACUUGGGAAGGUUGAACACCAGACGGGCUGCGGCAUUCUGGAUGAGUUGUAGGGGUUUAAUGGCACAGGCAGGGAGGCCAGCCAACAGCGAGUUGCAGUAGUCCAGACGGGAGAUGACAAGUGCCUGGAUUAGGACCUGUGCCGCUUCCUGUGUAAGGCAGGGUCGUACUCUCCGAAUGUUGUAGAGCAUGAACCUGCAGGAGCGGGUCACCGCCUUGAUGUUGGCGGAGAACGACAGGGUGUUGUCCAGGGUCACGCCUAGGCUCUUCGCACUCUGGGAGGAGGACACAGCGGAGUUGUCAACCGUGAUGGCGAGAUCAUGGAACGGGCAGUCCUUCCCCGGGAGGAAGAGCAGCUCCGUCUUGCCAGGGUUCAGCUUGAGGUGGUGAUCCGUCAUCCAUACUGAUAUGUCUGCCAGACAUGCAGAGAUGCGAUUCGCCACCUGGUUAUCAGAAGGGGGAAAGGAGAAGAUUAGUUGUGUAUCGUCAGCGUAGCAAUGAUAGGAGAGACCAUGUGAGGAUAUGACAGAGCCAAGUGACUUGGUGUAUAGGGAGAAAAGGAGAGGGCCUAGAACUGAGCCUUGGGGGACACCAGUGGUGAGAGCACGUGGUGCGGAGACAGCUUCUCGCCACGCCACUUGGUAGGAGCGACCGGUCAGGUAGGACGCAAUCCAGGAGUGAGCCGCGCCGGAGAUGCCCAGCUCGGAGAGGGUGGAGAGGAGGAUCUGAUGGUUCACAGUAUCAAAGGCAGCAGACAGGUCUAGAAGGACAAGAGCAGAGGAGAGAGAGUUAGCUUUAGCAGUGCGGAGAGUCUCCGUGACACAGAGAAGAGCAGUCUCAGUUGAAUGACCAGUCCUGAAACCUGAUUGGUUUGGAUCAAGAAGGUCAUUCUGAGAGAGAUAGCAAGAGAGUUGGCUAAAGACGGCACGCUCAAUAGUUUUGGAAAGAAAAGAAAGAAGGGAUACUGGUCUGUAGUUGUUGACAUCAGUGGGGUCGAGUGUUGGUUUUUUGAGAAGGGGAGCAACUCUCGCUCUCUUGAAGACGGAAGGGACAUGGCCAGCGGUCAAGGAUGAGUUGAUCAGCGAGGUGAGGUAGGGGAGAAGGUCACCGGAGAUGGUCUGGAGAAGGGAGGAGGGGAUGGGGUCAAGCGGGCAGGUUGUUGGGCGGCCUGCAGUCACAAGUCGCAGGAUUUUAUCUGGAGAGAGAGGGGAGAAAGAAGUCAAAGCAUAGGGUAGGGCAGUGUGAGCAGGACCAGCAGUGUCAUUAGACUUAACAAACGAGGAUCGGAUGUCGUCAACCUUCUUUUCAAAGUGGUUGACGAAGUCAUCCACAGAGAGAGAGGAGGGGGGGGGGGGGGGGGGGAGGAUUCAGGAGGGAGGAAAAUGUGGCAAAGAGCUUCCUAGGGUUAGAGGCAGAUGCUUGGAAUUUAGAGUGGUAGAAGGUGGCCUUAGCAGCAGAAACAGAUGAAGAAAAUGUAGAGAGGAGGGAGUGAAAAGAUGCCAGGUCGGCAGGGAGUUUAGUUUUCUUCCAUUUCCGCUCCGCUGCCCGGAGCUCUGUUCUGUGAGCUCGCAGUGAGUCAUCAAGCCACGGAGCUGGAGGGGAGGACCGAGCCGGCCGGGAGGAUAGGGGACACAGAGAGUCAAAGGAUGCAGAAAGGGAGGAGAGGAGGGUUGAGGAGGCAGAAUCAGGAGAUUGGAGGGAGAAGGAUUGAGCAGAGGGAAGAGAUGAUAGGAUGGAAGAGGAGAGAGUAGUGGGAGAGAGAGAGCGAAGGUUGCGGCGGCGCAUUACCAUCUGUGUAGGGGCAGAGUGAGUAGUGUGGGAGGAGAGCGAGAGAGAAAAGGAAACAAAGUAGUGGUCGGAGACAUGGAGGGGAGUUGCAGUGAGAUUAGUAGAGGAGCAGCAUCUAGUGAAGAUGAGGUCAAGCGUAUUGCCUGCCUUGUGAGUAGGGGGGGACGGUGAGAGGGUGAGGUCAAAAGAGGAGAGGAGUGGAAAGAAGGAGGCAGAGAGAAAUGAGUCAAAUCCUCCUCAUGUUGACAUGCACAGGAGAGAGGUAGGUAGUUAUACUUGGCCAAAAGCAAGAGAGAUUGUACAGUAGUAGUUGGCUGCAAGGCAGCAAUUUUUUGUUUGCACUUCCACUUGUUUGUCUUCCUUCAGAACAAUCACUUUGUCUGAUUUGGCAAAUGCACAGUAAACUUAAUCAGGUUAGCUAGCUAGCUAGACUUACACCAGUCAGUGGAUUUGCAGCUGUCAUCUUCCAUCAAGGUUCUGUCCCAUACAUCUAGCAUCCGGCAGAGGCAGGCGGCAGCAGGGAGCAACAUUGCAAGAAGUAA